GGCUGGCGGCGGGGCGGCCACGCGGCGGGGCGCGGCGGCAGAGCGGGAGCGGCGGCGCUGAGUGCGGGGAGGGACCGGGGAACAACGCAGCCCGCUCCGGGACUACGGGACCGAAAGGGCACAUCGCACCCCGCUCCGAGACAACAGCAGCCUCGGCACCAUGUCCGUCAGCAGUCACGAGAACCGCAAGUCCCGUUCGAGCUCCGGCUCCGUGAACAUCCACCUGUUCCACAAACCGGGCCACGCCGACAGCCUCCUCACCCACCUCAACCUGCUCCGCAAGCGGCACCUCUUCACGGACGUGGUGCUGCGGGCGGGGAACCAAACGUUCCACUGCCACCGCGCCGUCCUGGCCGCCUGCAGCCGGUACUUCGACGCCAUGUUCAGCGGGGGACUCAAGGAGAGCAGGGACGCCGAGGUCAACUUCCACGAUUCCCUCCACCCCGAGGUGCUGGAGCUGCUCCUGGAUUACGCCUACUCGGCCCGUGUGCUGAUUAACGAGGAGAACGCCGAGUCCUUGCUGGAGGCUGGGGACAUGUUGCAGUUUCAGGACAUUCGGGAUGCUUCCGCUGAUUUUUUGGAGAAGAACCUCUACCCCGGGAAUUGCUUGAACAUGCUGCUGCUGUCCGACGCCCACUGCUGCGAGCGGCUGCUGGAGCUGUCCUGGAGGAUGGCGCUGGCCAACUUCACCUCGCUCUGCAAGACCGAGGAUUUCCUCCGGCUGCCCAAAGACAAGCUGCUGGAGCUGGUGCAGAGCGAAGAGCUGGAGGUCGAGGACGAGACGCUGGUCUACGAAGCCGUUAUGGGCUGGAUCCGCUACGAUUUACCCCGGCGCCAUGAAGACCUGCCCGAGCUGCUGCGCUCCGUGCGCCUGGCGCUGCUGCCCGAGUCCUACCUGCGGAAACACGUGGCCUGCGAGAAGCUGGUGACCAGCCACAAGCUGGGCGAGGAGAUCGUGGCCGACGCCGUGCGGUGCAAAAUGAAGAUCCUGCAGAACGACGGCCUGGUGACGGGGUGCUGCGCCCGCCCCCGCAAGGUCAGCCAGGCCCUGCUGCUGCUCGGCGGCCAGACCUUCAUGUGCGACAAGAUUUACAUGCUGGACCAUAAAACCAGGGAGAUCAUUCCUCGUGCUGACAUCCCGAGCCCUCGUAAAGAGUGCAGCGCCUGCGCCAUCGGGUGCAAAGUGUACAUCACCGGCGGCAAGGGCUCCGAGAACGGCGCCUCCAAAGACGUCUGGGUUUACGACACCCUCCACGACGAGUGGGCCAAAGCCGCCCCCAUGCUGGUGGCGCGGUUUGGCCACGGCUCGGCUGAGCUGGACCACUGUCUGUACGUGGUCGGGGGUCACACGGCGGUGAGCAGCGCCUUCCCGGCCUCUCCCUCUGUCUCUCUCAAGCAGGUCGAACAUUACGACCCGCAGCUGGACAAGUGGUCCUUGGUGGCCCCUCUCCGAGAAGGCGUGAGCAAUGCCGCCGUGGUGGGAGCCAAGAUGAAGCUGUUUGUUUUCGGCGGCACCAGCGCCAACCAGGAGAAGCUGCCCAAGGUGCAAUGCUUCGACCCCUGCCAGAACCGCUGGACGGUGCCCACCAGCUGCCCCCAGCCCUGGAGGUACACGGCGGCCGCCGUGGUGGGCAGCCACAUCAUCGUCAUCGGGGGGGACACCGAGUUCUCCGCCAGCUCCGCUUAUCGCUUCCACACCGACACCUUCCAGUGGUCCAAGUUCGGGGACGUCACCGCCAAGCGCAUCAGCUGCCGCGCCGUCACGUCGGGGAACAGACUGUACGUGGUGGGCGGCUACUGCGGGGCGCAGCGCUGCAAAACGCUGGACUGCUACGACCCCUCGUCCGACAGCUGGAGCAGCGUCACGACGGUGCCGUAUUCCCUCAUCCCCACCGCCUUCGUCAGCACCUGGAAGUACCUGUCUGCCUGAGUCACGGGGCGGCCGACAACCUGGACGGUAAAUAGUUGCGCAUCAACCCAAAGCUCCCUGUGUAACUUUGCGCUGAAGCCCCGAAGGGGCAGACGCACGUGGAUCCGGACUGGGGUUGUUCUGCAGAGCAGCGUUGUGUGAGUGUCAUCUGCAGAAACGCGCUUCCAGGCGGGCAGUUUGAGACCUAAACCCUGCGAGAGAGGGAGAAAACACGUCUCUUUAGGUGCUGAAGUGCUGCGGGGAGAUCGGUAUAAAUAACAAGACGCUUAACCUGGCAUCUUAGCCCUUCCACUGAGUGUUGGCCUAUGCAAAGAUCUUGGGGAAUGCGCCCCGCGAGGAUUGGGUGUCGCUGCUGGUGCAGAGGGCUCGUUUGGGCGGCGGAGCUGGGACAGACCGCGCGGUGCCAGGGGGACCGGCUGCUGCUUUUAGCGUAGCCGCCUCCUCCGGGGCCGCGGUUAAUCUGGCGGUGGCACCACACGGCUUGGGAGACGCCGGGGCCGCGAGCUGCUGCCAGGACAUCGGAGCUGGGAUUCAGUCCCAGAACGGCUGGUAACUGUGUUUGUAAGACAAGCCCUGUCUGCUUAUAAACACAGGGUUUCUCCGCUUCUAAUUACACUCUGGUGUCCCUUUCAUGCCAUUUCUUUCCUGCUGUGCAGCCAUUAACUCUUCAAAAAUUUGCAACUGGAAUGGAACCUUCCUAAAGGUCCUGGCAGAAAAGGUGCCAGUGAAUCACAGCUCCCUGCAGGAUUUUUCUCUUCCCCUUGCGGGAGGUGUACUACCCACACGAACUAGUUUAAUGUAAUAAAUACCCUGUAGAGAACCCUGGACGUCGAGGGAAGCGAGCAGCCGCCGCGCCAUGGUGACACGCGGGGUUUCUGGGGCCUGUUCUCAGGUUUGCUGCGUGCUGGUUUCACGGCCCUUUCCUCUGCACCCGGCAGCUCGUGCGGCCCCUUGAGCCGGCGAAAGGUUCCAAGGUUCCUCGUAACUCUGUGACCUCAGAGCAGGAACCAGAGGAAGAUUUUUUACUUCUCUCAUUGAACAUUUUAAGCGCUAUUGACUAGAAAGGGCGAAGGAGGCGGCUCAGAACACGGGCAGCGCCAGAGGCAGCUGCCUGAAGUGUCUUAACACGUGACUAAUUGGCCCGUGGGCUGGUUCUGUACUUUCUUUUUUCCCCUUUUUUUUAAUACAGCAGUUGUGUGUGUUUGUUACUCAGCCUGGAGCUGCUUCAAUAAAUCUGAAUCAAACCCA